CAUUUAAUCUCAUAUUGGUGACGAGGCCAUUGCGUCGUAGCGAGAAAGAAGUUUGAGUAUAAUAAAGCAUAACAAGAAGGUGGAAUUUAUCGUAGUUAAAUAAUUUUAUUUAAGUAUUUUAGGAAAACAAGUCAUGGUUUACAUAUCAGAAAGUGGACAUCUUUCAGAGUCAAAGUCCCCAUGGCGAAUAUCAAUAAUUCAAGAUACUUUUUGGGGAAUUAUAAACUUCAUCGUAUUAUUCUUUCAGACCAUGUUCUCGCCUGAUUUGACAAAGAAAGGUAAAGGAUAUGAGUCAUCAAACUAUAAACCUGGAGGAGGCCCACCUAGGCCACCAGGAAGAAGAAUUGGAAGAAUAGGAGGAGGAGGUGGAGGAGCUGGACCUGGGUUUGCCCCACCACCUGGUGGAGGAUGAGGAAGGUAAGAUGUUUGUUGGUGUAUGAAUAUGAUACAAACAACAGACAUCGCAUGUAUCCCCCAUUGACUGCUUUACUCAAAAGAUUAGCUGUAUAGCUGUUAUGACGUCAUCUGGUCAAAUUUCAAGAAAAGCCAGUAAUGACUGAUGAAUUCUUUUGGUAUGUAAAUAUUAUCUGUAUUAGGAAAUUCAAGAUAUGUCAGAAAUAAUUGUAUAAUUGUAAUAACCACUAUCUGCCUUUCUAGUGUUUAUCUGCAUAUAUCAAUAAUUAAUGAAUAACAAUAUUUUAUCUGUAUUACCAUUAUAUUAUUUAAUUGUUUUUUGUGCAAAAUUGCUGUCUUUAUUCUAUUUGCAAAAGGCCAAUUCAAUUGAAUAAGAAAUAAAGAACAUUAGCUGAUGUUUCACAGACUAUGAUCUUAAAAUCAUAAUCUUGAAGUCAUCACACAUAAUCAUAAUCACAGAUCUUAAGAUCAGUUUAAUCAAAGGUAUGCGCCAAUCCAGGAGACCCUCUGUUACUUAUGGGCAGAUAAUGACAAAACAUUGCUGAACAAUAAUUUAUUCUAUGGAAAAUUCUUCUUGAUCUUUUGCAAUUCACCUUCAUUUGAAUUAUUUCUGAUAGGCUGAUGCAUCAGUUUUUAUUUCUCUCUAAUAUCCUUAGGUGAUUUUAGAAAUUAAGCCAACUCACUGAUGAAAAGUCAGAUUUAAAAAGAAAGAAACAUAUCAAGCAUUUGACACUGUGUGUUUUAAAAAAGCCUGAAAAGUUUUGAAUUAAAGAUGAUUAGCUUCUUAAGCAUGCUUGUCCAUGCAAACCAACAAAUUAUAACUAUUCACUUAUAACUAAGCUUUUUAAGAAUUAAGUUAAGAUAAAGUGGGACAAUGCAUCAUUUUUUCAAAAGAAUUAAUUUACAAAUCCUACAAGACCAUGAAUAUGCUUUCAAAGAAUGGGGCUCUGUAUGAUGCAGAACACUUAAAUACAGACAUUUUGAGGUGAUAUAAUAUUCGCUUUGUGGCAAAGAAAAAAAUUAUUUAUAUCAUUUUAUAUAUUUAAGGCAAUGUUUCAUGAAUAGUUUCAACAAGUAGUGACUCAAUUUUUAGUGAAACAAAAUAUAUGUUUUUAUGCCAAAGUAUAGUUGCCUGCAGGUAUCAAAUGAACUAGCUAUAACCAGGUCUUACUCUUCAUAAAGGUUUGGUGUCAGCUUAUUUGUGUGAAUAUAUGUUCCUCAGUUUGCAAGGCAGUAAAAUGCAUUAAAACAAUUUCUGCACAACUAUAUACAAUACUCAAUGGCUAAACCUUUUAUUGUGACAGUCAUAUAGACAGGACAUAUAGCCUGACAAUCUGACAUUCAAGCUAAUGUUUGCUUUCUCAACGGAUUCUGGUAGUAGGGAGGUCAGGCUUUCAUAAUCUGCCAGGUGACUUUUUUGAAAAUGCUUGGAUGUCACGUGACUGAUGACGUCAUUUAACGGUAAAAAGUCAGACAAAAUCAUCGCUAGCUCCUCACUAAAGGGUUAUUUUUUAACACAACUUACAUAUUUUGACUCGUCUCAUUGCAAGCUUUCAAAUGAUAUAUAUUUAAGCAAGAUUUGCCGACAUAAGUAUUUUCAUUAUGACGUCAUAACAAAUUUUGCAUGACGUCAUCAAAUAUUUUAUUGUCAUAAAAUGAUACGUUAGCAUAAUUUUGUUUUAAUAUGAAGCUGGCUGUCAGCAAAAGCUUUUCUUCCAUAUGUUUUUCAAUCAAAAUAAUUAGUAUUUAGUUCAUUUAAAUUGAAUUUGUGCCAACCGCAAUAGCCAAAGUUUAAAAAAAGAAGUCGUUACUAUCUGACGAGUGAGUCACUUCUUCCUCCGAAGUUGCAAAGUCUUGCUCCAUAUUUGAACCGGACAAUGAUUUCUCUGCAUCCGCAUUUGAAUGUUACACUAAAUCGGAAGAAUGUCUUGGCAACAUAGGCUAUCCAAGAUGUCCUACCGAUGUGCUGAAGGUGCAUGACUUUUUUCAAUAAGGCUAUCUUCUGCUGCGAAAUAAGGCCAUCUCAUGAAUAAAAUACUCCAUCUGUCAUUUUUCUGAUGGUGGAUUUAUAUAUGGAUCUGGCUCCUUACACAUGAAAUUAAGAAGAACAACUUUAUCUCCUAGUCACAGUACACCUUCAGGAGUUUCAAGACUAGAGUUAUGGUUUUGAUGGGAUAUGAAAAUGCCUUGCCAAUCACGAAAGCUUGGUGGUCUUCGUUCAUUAUUGAGACUGCUUUCGCUGUUUUCUUGGAUCUUUGUGCCCCAGAAUGCAGCUUAAGUUUCUGACUAUACUUUCGUUUCUAGCAACAACCUACCAUUCGAGCAAAAUAGCUCAUUUCUUUGAAAUAUUUCUUCCAUGUUAGCGCUAGUGUCAUCAGUCCGUGAGAACAUUUUGUAAAAACGCCACCAGAAAACGCCAGAUGGAGAUUUGAUGAGACGGCCUGAGUUCGUAGCAUCAAACCCAAGGAAACAUUCAGUGUUUGGUUCAAGAACAUUCAUGGAUGUGCUAAUCCUCCUUAUGAGGCUAAAGCAAUGAAAGUGGAAACAAAGUCAAUGCUAAAUAUUUAGAAACAGCACACGAGCAAGCUAACGGCAAAAGAGAGUCAGCAAGGCAAGUGCAUAUAAAAAGUGGAGAGCAAAAGAUACUCCAAAGUAAGAAGAGUAUUUUUACAUUGAUGAAAAAAAGAGAAUCUUAUGAGACUUGCUCCCGAAUUCUUUCGAAGCGCUGAGGGUCACAGGCCCCUGACAAUUCAAUUUAUCGUAGCUUAAGGAGGAGAAGCAUCGGAGACUUCAAAAAGCAAGUAGAAGUCCCUCCAAGAUGUAACCACAAAAAGGCGGAAACCAGAAUAUUUUGCAUGGUAACUCGAAAGAUGCAAAAGUAGUUGCUGUUGCAAAAGAUACUGAUUUAUGUGUGCUGCUUGUUCAUGCAACACAGAAG